GAUCCCGCUCGUGUGUUUCCAGCCUGGACGCAGCGCGGGAUGUUCUGUUUUUGAUGAUGAUCAGCGCGCCUUUACGAUCCAAAGUCGCGCCAUCAAAGUUUCCUCCCGUGACGAAGCGCAGCGCGCGCAGCGUGCGCUGACGGCGCGUCACAGCCGCUCGCCUCUGCGCCUUUUUCACCGCACAGGUGCCGUUUGUGUGCACAGUGUCAGCCCGGGUCGGGCACACGGCUGGAGACCUGAGGAUGAGUGCGCGCACCUGGACGCGCUGCGCUCGCCGGAGCGCACGGUGCGCUCUGGGAAGCUUCCUGGCGCUGUGCGCGAUGCUGCUCGUCCACACCGACGCCUCCUGCGAUCAAAACUGCUUUUCAGGAAAGUGCGUCAACGGAACGUGCGUGUGUGAGCACGGCUGGGUGGGAGAUCAGUGCCAGCACUGCCAGGGCCGCUUCAAGCUGACGGACCUGUCCGGCUCGCUCACAGACGGCCCCGUCAACUAUAAGUAUAAAACCAAGUGCACGUGGCUGAUUGAAGGACAUCCAAACGCGGUUCUCCGGCUGCGCUUCAAUCACUUUGCCACUGAGUGCAGCUGGGACCACACGUACAUCUACGAUGGGGACUCCGUCUACGCCCCGCUGGUCGCUGUCUACAGUGGUCUCGUGGUACCAGAGAGCAGAAAUAACGAAACAGUCCCUGAGGUGGUGACGACAUCCGGCUACGCUCUGCUUCAUUUCUUCAGUGAUGCUGCCUACAAUCUAACCGGCUUCAACAUCGCCUACUCGAUUAAUUCGUGUCCCAACAACUGCUCGGGUCACGGCAGGUGCAGCACGGCGAACUCGGUGUCAGGUCGCGUGUACUGCGAGUGCGACAAGUACUGGAAAGGAGAAGCGUGCGACGUCCUGUACUGCAGGAACAACUGCGACAGCCCCGAACACGGCUACUGCGACCUGACCGGAGAAAAACUCUGCGUCUGCAACGACAGCUGGCAAGGUCCAGACUGUUCUCUCUCCGUCCCCUCCACAGAGGCAUUCUGGGUAGUCUCCAGCGUCAAGCCAUCAGCUCAGUCUCUGAGCCGGGCGUCCCAUCGAGCCCUGGUGCACUCUGGGCUGAUGUGGGUGGUGGGUGGAUACUCCUUCAACUACUCCAACUACCACAUGGUACUGAAUUACAACCUGCAGAGCAGAACGUGGGACACGGUGCCCACCAGCACCGGGCCGGUCUACAGAUACGGACACUCGCUGGCUCUAUUUCAGGACAACCUCUACAUGUUCGGCGGGAAACUGGAAGCCGGCUCGGCCAAUGUGACGGACGAACUGUGGAUAUUCAACAUUCCCAGGCGCACUUGGUCUCCACAGAAACCAGCCCCUCCCCUCCCCUGUGCGGUGGAGGGGCACACCGCCCACGUGGUAGAACUGACCGACAGCGAGCCGGUAAUGCUGACGUUUUUUGGCUACUCGCCAAUCUGCAGCUACACCAACAGAGUUCAGGAGUACCACAUCAGGUCCAACUCAUGGCAGGUGUUGUCCACCAGGGGCGCUGUGGUUCAGGGUGGAUACGGCCACAGCAGUGUGUACGACGAGGCCAGCGGCUGUGUGUUUGUCCACGGGGGCUACAAGGCUUUCAGCAACAAGUAUGGCCUGGUGGACCACAUGUACCGCUACCACGUCCGCACCCGAACAUGGUUUAUCCUGAGGGAGAGCGGUUUGGCACGUUACCUCCACACGGCGGUGCUGCUGAGUGGAACAAUACUCGUGUUUGGGGGAAACACUCACAAUGACACGUCACUAAGCAACGGAGCCAAAUGUUUUUCUGCUGACUUCCUGGCUUAUGACGUUGCAUGCGAUGAUUGGACAGUCCUUCCCCGGCCGGGUCUGCAUCGGGACGCCAACCGUUUUGGACACUCUGCAGUGGUUAGCAACGGCUCCAUGUUCAUCUUUGGUGGGUUUUCGGGGAUUCUUCUCAACGAGGUUCUGGCCUACACCCCUCCAUCCUGUUGGGCCUUCUCCGAUCCAGUCCUGUGUGCCGGUGCCGGCCCGGGUGUUCGCUGUAGCUGGGUUAAAGGUGGAUGUGUCCCGUGGAAGCCACACCCACUCAACUAUGCCUUUCGUCCACCUUUCUGCCCCCCACGAGUCGAAAGUACAGAUGAGCAGUGUUUCAGGUUCUUGGACUGUGCGAGCUGCACCACCAACACAUGGGGCUGUCAGUGGUGUGAGGACAGGAAGUGCAUCUCCAUCUCUAGCAACUGCACGAUGCUGACUCUGGAGCUGGCCCAGCAGCAUGGUGGCACUUUGUAUAUGUCUCCCCCUCCAUCCAUGUUGUCUGAAACCCAGCUGAGUUUAUGGAAGCAUGGAGCCAGGAGGAGGGCAAAAUCGGUGCUCGACUCCUCCAGGUGUGAGCACAGAGAGCAGCAGGAAUGCUUCAGACUGGCCAACUGCCGGAGCUGCUCCCUGAACAACAAGUGUCAGUGGGAUCCACAGCAGCAGGAGUGUCAACCAGCACCCGGUCAGCUGUGUGGAGACGGCUGGUAUCAUGUGGAGGAUGUUUGUCUUCUUAUCAACUCCACCACAGACAGCUACGAUAACGCUCAGCACUACUGCAAGAACCUGGGAGGAAAUAUCGCCUCUCUUCUCACAGACAAACACGUCAGCUUUGUUCUGGAGGAGCUACAAACAUACCAGCUGCAAGACAAGACGUUGUCUCCAUGGGUCGGCCUGAGGAAGAUCAAUGUGUCGUACUGGGCCUGGGAAGACAUGUCACCCUUCACCAACAGCAGCCUGCGCUGGCUGCCCGAGGAGCCCAAUGAUUCAGGAUUCUGUGCCUACCUGGAAUGGGGACAGCUGACUGGACUGAAAGCCAACCCCUGCACCGCCACCACUGAAGGCCUCAUCUGUGAAAAACCCAUCGCGAGUUCACAGAGUCCAAGCGCUCGUCCCUGUAAGAUGCCCUGCGCUUCGAGAACCAGCUGUGCAAACUGCACCAGCCAGGCGAUGGAGUGCAUGUGGUGCAGCAGCACGCAGCGGUGCGUCGACUCCUCCGGCUACGUCGUCUCCUUCCCCUACGGCCAGUGUCUGGAGUGGCAAACCCAGGACUGCACAGCCCAGAACUGCUCUGGUCUGAGGACGUGCAGGGACUGCCUGGAGAGGGCCGAGUGCGGUUGGUGUGGUGACCCCAGCAACACUGGGAGGGGCGUCUGCAUGGAGGGCUCCUACCGAGGGCCCCUGAAGCUGAACAACCCCAAGACUGGAUCCAGGGACCGUCAGAGACACAGGCUGAGAGACAUGGACAUGGUCCUGGACCAGAGUCUCUGCUCAGCAGACAGAGGUUACAGCUGGGCCUUCAUCCAGUGCCCUGCGUGUCAGUGCAACGGUCACAGCAGGUGUGUGAACACCAGCGUGUGUGAGUACUGUGGGAACCUAACAGCAGGGACACACUGCCAGAGCUGCAUGCCCGGUUACUAUGGCGACCCCACCAACGGAGGAAAAUGCAAUGUCUGCAAGUGUAACAGCCAUGCCAACGUGUGCCAUGUCAACACCGGCAAGUGCUUCUGCACCACCAAAGGAGUCAAGGGAGACCAGUGUCAGCUGUGUGACUCGGAGAACCGUUACCUUGGUAACCCCCUGAGAGGAACAUGCUAUUACAACCUGUUGAUCGAUUAUCAGUUCACCUUCAGUUUGCUUCAGGAAGACGACCAUCACUAUACCGCCAUCAACUUCAUGGCAACACCUGAGCAGGCCAACAAGAAUCUCGACAUGUCCAUCAACGCCUCCAACAACUUCAACCUCAACAUCACUUGGUCCUUAAGUUCAACAGCGGGAACCAUCUCUGGUGAAGAGAUGCCCAUCGUGGUGAGGACCAAUGUCAGGGAGCACAGGGACAGCUUCUCCUGUGAAAAGUUUAACUUCAGACUACAUCACAACAUCACCUUCUACGUCUACGUGUCCAACUUCAGCUGGCCAAUCAAGAUCCAGAUUGCCUUCUCUCAGCACAACAACAUCAUGGACCUGGUGCAGUUCUUCGUCACCUUCUUCAGUUGCUUCCUGUCUCUCUUACUGGUCGCUGCUGUGGUUUGGAAAAUUAAGCAGACCUGCUGGGCUUCACGGCGUAGAGAGCAGCUGAUGAGAGAGCGGCAGCAGAUGGCCAGUCGUCCCUUUGCGUCGGUUACCGUGGCACUGGAGGCGGGAAGUGAUCAGGAGGAGCUGCUACAGGUGGUGCCAAAGCCCAUCACGAUGGAGCCGUGCUGGGGGAGCAGAGCAGCUGUUCUGACGGUGCUGCUGUCGCUGCCCAGAAUCCCCUCUGGAAUACCUCCACCAGGACAGUCUGGUCUCGCUAUAGCCAGUGCGCUGGUCAACACAUCCCAGCAGAGGGUCACGGAGUUCAGGGAAAAGGGUUUGAAGCACCGCAAACAGCUCAUGGUCCACCACCAAGGGACCUGCGUCUGAACAGGAUCUUCUCUGCUUUGGAGCACGUCCUCCUAACUUCUGCCAAAAGAGAAACCUUGUCAGCUACAAGGCAAAGAUCAUUGACCUCAAAGUGGAUCAGCAGGAGAAAAGAAGACAGUAAGACUAGGAACAGGAACUGGUGCAGUUCUACAGAAGAUGGAAACCUGACUGCAGGUUCUUUUGUUUGUGGCCGUGUCUCUUCGGGAGUUCAGUUCUUCAUGCUUCUGGCACGUCACCGUAUCGACACGGGAAGAGACUAUAUGCACGGAAAAAGUAAAUUCACAGCAUUACACUCAAAAUGACUUGAGCUGAAAACUUAGUUCACCAAAAAGGAAUGCAGACCCAACUACAGCAGGUGGCGCUCUGAUGGGGAGAUGAUCUUUUGUAUUAAAUUUUAAGACAGUUUUUGACGUUGAAGAGUUUUACAUUGAUGUCUCCUUUCCUCCUUCAGUGGUUCAAGUUCUACAUGCCGAUAUCUACUCAGGUCGCCUGCGAUGGAGAGGAUUCAUGUUUUUUUUCACAAAACAGUUAUUUAGACUGUUAUCUAUUAUCAUGCUGUUGCUAAGCAACAGGCCAGUCAAAGCGGACACACGUACAUCUGACUUUAAGAUUUCACGGAAAAAUAAAGAAAUCAUUCAUUCACUGCAUAAGUUGUACGUGUUCAACAUCUUCGCCCUUUGCCAUUGCACCAAUAGCCCUCAGAGAAUCAGGGCCCCAUCUUGAUUUAUAGUGCAUGUGCAUUUCAGGUGUGUCCAUCUCCACCAUUUACCCUGUGCAUAAUUUGAGCACAAAGGGGUUGGAUUAAGUCUGUAGAUUUGAUCAUGGGUAUGUUCUGGGUGCACCAUGAAUUAAAAAUCAGAUUUUCAUCUGUCAUUCCCUUGUAAGAGUCACAUGCAUGUGACCUUGUUGAUUUGUCACUCAGGUUGUCUGGAUAUGAAACAGAUCUGUGCACAGUGCAUCAAAGCAUUCGGGCAGUUAACGGGAUCAGCAGUUAUCCACCAAAGCAUCCUGAGGUGAGGCACUGAGCACAUUGUUCCUACAACAACUACUCAUCCAACCAGCCAGUCUGCACCAUAUCUCAUCAGGACCAUGUUGUGGUCAGCCCAGUCUUGGUGCUCCCAGAGAAGGAGGAAAGUCCUUUGCAGGCUCUGAGGUCCAUCAGGCUGGUAUUUAGCCAAGGAAAUCUGUAGUGUGGUGUGACAGACAGCUUGAAGUGCAAACCAGAUAUCAAAUUCUAGUCUAUGUUCAGCAGUCAGAUUCCUAUAUCCUGCAGUCACCUCUUCUUCUGGAGGAGUAAAGUUGUGUGUAGGCUAUAAAGUCCUCCAGGCUGGUGCUUCCAGAAUUUGAUAGUGUCAAGCAAAUCAGACAGGACAGGAUGAGGCCAACUGGGAUCGUACAGAUGAAGUAUCCAAAGACAGAUAGAUAGCCUGAAGAACACACCUGGAAAGUAACGCCAGUCUACAGGUUGGUCUUCUGUUGUCCAACAAAGUCACCUGCUGCGUUACAUGUAACACGAUUCCUGAUAUUGCAGGAAAACUCAACUGACUUUACACCAGCUUUUUCUUGGUUGAUGUGGUAGUGUUCUGUUACCUUAUAGCAACACACCAACAUGGCACCUGACCACCUCAGUUUCAGACCAACACACCCGUGGGUGCACCAGUAACCAUGAGAGCACUGAGCACGAAAAUGGCAAAGGCACCAUUUGCCCUGCGGGGUCAGAUGGGGCCCUCAAGUGCUGAAAGAUGUGUGACAAUUCGACUGGAUGUCAACUGUGAUGAUGCCAUAGCAACUGUCACACAGCAGGAUUAUGGACAAUAAUCUGAACUUCAAGCCCUUAAAUUUGAACAGCUGGAAUUAUUAUUUUUAUUAUUAUUAUUUUUUAUUUUUUUUUUUUAAACAGCCAACCAUUUGUUUGCCAUAUUUAUGUAGCACAUUGUUGUUCCUGAUGCAUUACUUUACAAAACAUCCAAUAACAGAAGAACAGCAUAACAGAGCUGACAGAAAACACAAACCUGAACAAGUUCCAGCACAUGAAACCACAGCAGCUUUAUGAGCGCUAAGGAUUGACUCAGUGAUUGAAGGUGGUAAUUUAAUACUUUUUAAUGAAACACUCUUCUGUGCAUCAGAUAUAACCGGAAAAAAGUCUCAUAACCGAAAAAGGACAGGUUUAGCCAUGAUGUCACAUGACUUCCCCUAGUAACUAUUAUUUCUUAUUCAAAACAAUUAACAUUGAUCACAAAGCACAUUCUGGAAGAAAAAAAAGUAAUUAAAAAAUGACAGUGCACUAGAAGGCAAAUAACUUCAGAUGUUAUCUGAUCUAUUGGCCAGGUGCGUCUCUUACAAUUAGUCGUUGCCUUUGCGUAUUUGACAGUGAUAGUUUGAUGCCAGUGUUGCUAUGGCGAUGACAUCACGCUAACCUUGUCCAUCCUGUCUCCACCCGUGUUGAUGUUGAGGUGAUGUUUGGAACCGUGCGCCCCAAGAUUAAGCCGAAAUUGUUUGAAAUUUUAUGCAGCUGUUGGUCUCGACGUUUGUUAGCUUUGAUGCUAGUGUUGCUAUGGCGAUGACAUCACGCUAACCUUGUCCAUCCCGUCUCCAUCCGUGUUGAUGUUGAGGUGAUGUUUGGAACCGUGCGCCCCAAGAUUAAGCCGAAAUUGUUUGAAAUUUUAUGCAGCUGUUGGUCUUGACGUUUGUCAGCUCUGAUGUAACGUUCAAGUUUAUUGUUCGUGCUACUGACGGGAUGCAGUUUCCUUUCAUUUCGGUUCUUAAUGUGAAUCACUUAACCUUCAGUAACGUGUAUGAAUGCUUCAUUUGCAACUCUAUUUACUGAUUAUGCAAAUUAUGCUUUUGUAAUUUUAUUAUAAGUGCACCU